CACCGUAUGCCCUAAUCCUCAUCGCCCUUUGCCAUUUGCAAUAGCUGCUUAGUCAACGCCGGCGACGCCCACCUCCGUCUGCUCUGUCCGUAAUUUUGCGGUUUUGUUGCUGUCACUUUGGCGAUCAACGCCUCCUCUUAAGUUCAAUCAGUUGAGCGGCGAUGGAGGAUGGCAAUCCUCGUAAUCUGUUGCAAGAAAAAAUAGUGAAGGAUGAGACGAAUGGUGAACUGAAAGAACGAGAAGAGCAGGCAUUACUUUUUCUUGACUCCCUAGACUGUUAUCUCGUACUUUUGGAAUCCCUCACCUCCACCCUUCGCCAGGGAUGGCUAGAACUCGCAGGUGCUCGUCACUCUAUGGGUCCAUCACGCAUUUCAAGCACACUGCUUGACCUCAAAGUACAAUCUGCUGUAACCAAAGUAAUUUUUAAUGAACCAGUCGAAGAAUCUCCAUCAGUUGCGCAACCACAGUUUAGACUAUCAAAAUGGGCAUGUUUAGAAGAGAGAAGAUCUUCUUCCAAGGAGUUUGUUGAUGGAAGGUCGCUUUUUGAGGAUUGUAUCAGCUCACAGCUAACGUUUCGGGGUCCAAAACAUGCUUCUGAAGUUCCCUCUGAAUCUGCUGAAGUUAAUGAAAAUAUAAGAGCUCUCUCUCUCUCAGAAAACUCUCCGACUACUUCUGAAUCUACCACAGUUGAUGUUGUGAAUAAGAAGAGAUAUAAAUCACUAUCAGUCUUUGGAGCUUUGGUUUCUCCAAAACUUCGUGCUGCCCAAUUUUCAUUCGAGACAGCGCUGGAAACCAUUGUUGAAAUAGCAAACAUGCAGUCUUCUAUGAUUUCUUCUUCUUCCCGGUUACAGAAGUACAAAAAUAAAUGCUUUGAUUGAUAUUUUCAACUCUCUUAGCUUUAGCUGGAAAAUCAACUUGCUUCACUUGGAAUCUAGAUAAAUGUAGAUAUUAU